AUCUACCUUCUUUAGUGCUAUAUUUAGACUUAUCAAACAACCAAUUAGUUGGUUCCCUUCCUACUGAAGUUGGAACAUUGGAAAAUUUAAAUGAGUUGGUUGUUUCGAGGAAUAAUUUAUCUGAUGAGAUCCCUAGUUCCGUCGGUCGUUGUGAAAGUUUGGAAAAACUUUACAUGGAAAAGAACUUCUUUUAUGGAAGCAUUCCUUCAUCCUUUAGUUCUUUGAGAGGUCUAAGAUAUCUUGAUAUUUCUCAGAACAAUCUAUCAGGCCAAAUUCCAGAAUAUUUGGGAAGCUUUGAUCUGCAGUUUCUGAAUCUUUCUUUUAACGAUCUUCAGGGUGUAUUACCAGAAGAAGGCAUAUUUAAGAAUGCAAAUAAAUUUUCUGUGACUGGUAAUCCAAAGCUUUGUGGGGGUACACCAGACCUAAAGGUUCCUCGAUGCACCACGAAACAUUCCACAAAGUUUAUCUCAACCUUAACCUUUACAUUAAUGGUUUCCAUAGUUUCUGCUCUUUUGGGGUCGAGCUUGUUGGUGGGUUUAGUGUUCCUUUACUGGUCUAAGACAAGUAAGGUAAAUUUUGGCGACUCCUCGAGAGGCUCUUUCUUCAAAGUUUCCUAUCACAGCCUCUAUCGAGCAACUGAUGGUUUCUCUUCAGCGAAUUUGAUUGGUGUAGGAAGCUUUUCAUCUGUGUACAAAGGAAUUCUUGAAUGUACUGAAACCAUUGUUGCUGUGAAGGUAUUUAAUCUUUUGCAACGUGGAGCUUCCAAGAGUUUCAUGGUGGAAUGUGAAGCCCUGAGGAAUGUUAAACAUCGGAAUCUUGUCAAGGUCCUAAGUGCUUGUUCAGGUAUUGACAAUAAAGGGGAUGAUUUCAGGGCUCUGAUCUAUGAAUUCAUGGAUAAUGAUUGUCUGGAGAAAUGGUUACACUCAGACAAUGAACUAUCUAUCCAGAAGUUCCACAAGUUAAACCUUCUGCAGAGGAUAAACAUAGCUAUUGACAUUGCUUCAGCGCUAGACUAUCUUCACAAUCAGUGUCAUAAUCCCAUAAUUCACCGUGAUCUCAAGCCAAGCAAUGUUCUGUUGGAUAGUGAAAUGGUUGGUCAUGUAGCAGACUUUGGUAUAGCAAAAUUCCUCCCAACAGAAAAUAUUUCAGGGAAUCAAUCUAGCUCUACUGCUGUGAAAGGAACCGUUGGUUACACAGCUCCAGAGUAUGGAUUAGGAAGUCAGCCAUCACCAUCAGGUGAUGUUUACAGCUUUGGAAUCCUCCUCCUGGAGAUGUUUACUGGAAAGCAGCCUACCAAUGACUUGUUUAAAGAUGGUCUUCACCUUCAUAAUUUUGUCAAGGCAUCUCUGCCGGAUUGUGUAGUAGAUAUCAUGGAUCCGGCACUUGUUGAAGAAAGCAAAAUAACAAAUAUUACAAAUGGAAAUGAACAAAAUCAAAGGAUCCACGAAAUGAAGGAGUGCCUGGUUUCUGUAUUUGAAAUCGGACUGAUGUGUUCUGUGGCUAUGGCAAGAGAAAGAAUGCAUAUCAGCGAUGUUGUAAGCGAGCUACACUACAUCAAACAUGUUAUCUUGGAAUUGGAAUCCACAGAGCCAAAUUUAUAAAGAAAGCAAACUGAGAGUAUAUUUUAUUAACAGGAAACAUGGGUUAUUAGAUUACUACUUUAUGUCUCUUCUUUUCUGAAGUAGACUUGUAUCUGCUUGUAAAUAUAGUGGGAAAAUGCUAGCUUGUCCUCUUUAGAAAA